AGUAAAAAAAACAAAAGAAAACGCUCCCGCCUCACCACCAGACACCUUGUAAGGCAGCCCAGACAAGAAGACAGCGCGCGCACGACCUCACGUGCAAAGGUAAAAAAAAAUAAAAAAUGCAGCUGAACAACCGGACGAGGCUCACGCGUCUGGAGCUGGUUGUUAUCCAACAUUAGUUUAGGGAAGAACAAAAGAAGAAGAAGAAGAGUCAUGAAGAAACACCCGAGUCCUACAAAACAGCAGCAGCAGCAGCAGCAUCAACCUCCGGUAACGGCUGCUUGUACCGAGGUUACCGUCCAACAACUCAACGAGCUCCUGUCUAACGGCAGCGGCUUCUACAGCCUACCGACGCAACACUUCAACGAGGUCUUCCCCCGGAUAUACAUCGGUAACGCGUUCGUAGCUCAGAAUGCAAUGCGUCUGCAGAAACUGGGAGUGACGCACGUCCUCAACGUGGCGGAGGGCACCUCCUUCAUGCACGUCAACACCAGUGUGGAGUUCUACACCGGCACGGGCAUCACGUACCACGGCAUCCAGGCCAACGACACGGAGCGGUUCAUCCUCAGUGCCUUCUUUGAGGAGGGGGCUGAUUUUAUUGACAAGGCGCUGGCACACAAUAACGGCAAAGGGAAAGUGUACGUACACUGCAGAGAAGGCUACAGCCGCUCCCCCACCAUGGUCGUCGCUUACCUCAUGCUGCGCCACAAAAUGGAUGCCCGUCUGGCGGUGGCCACCGUGAGGCACAAGAGAGAAAUCGGCCCCAACGACGGCUUCCUUCGCCAACUGUGCCAACUGAACGAAAAGCUGGCGAAGGAGGGCAAGCUGAACGGGGGGGAGGUGGGCAAACUAAAGACCAAAUGAGAGCGAGCCUCUCUCAGGCUUUUCAGCUGCUCUCGGAGACUGACCCCACCCUGACCAAACCAGCACCCAUGUGACACAAACAUACAUGCAUUUAUCUAAUAAUUAAUAAUAAUAAUUAAUAGGUAAUUAAUCCGUCAUGCACACACACAUGCCGUUUUUCAUCUUCAGUUCUCGUCUGUCACUGCUGCUCUGUAAGGGGACCUCAGUCAGUCCUCCUCCUGCUCCUAUGAAGAGUGCGAUCUCAAAUACAGUCUUCUCUAGACUCCACACCACACAGAUGUGCAGACGUACCUUAAAGCAUUCCUUCAAUAUUCCCCCAGAUGGUGAGAACCUCACCCUGAUUUUUAAAGAUUUCCUUAAAUAGAAAGAUUAUAGCACAACCAUUGCAUAGUUUUCCACUGCCGGGAAUGUCAGCGAGUACUCUAUAGAUUCCAAAUGAACUCUUCAAAUUGUUUAGAUGGAUGGCCAAACGCGAUGCAGCAAAACAAGCCAAUAUGUGAAUGGAUGGAGGAAAAUCCCAAACAUUCCAUGAAAAGUGAAAAACAAAAGCCCCUCGGAGUUUUGUUUUCCCUCUCAAUCCUUAAAAAAUAAAUCCCUUCUAUCAUUUAGGGCCAGAUAUUUAAUGCACAAACGAUUCACACUCCAAUGCACACACUGCGGAGCAUUUCUGUCGGCAUCCUCCACCGUAUACGGCCUCUAGUUUCACAGCGGUAGCAUCACAUCCCUCGGCUGGCAGCAGCGACAGCAAAGGUCGAGCUAAUUAAAAAUAACGAGCCGCUGCGUGGGGUUGUUCGCGUAGCCGCCAUGUUAUGUGACGUUAUUUUAGUUUGUCAUUGAGCUCAGUCAGCUUACACACAGGACAGAUCACAUUUAGGCAACUGAAUAUCCUCUUGAAAAGAAGCUUCAAAUGAGCUAAUUGACAGUAUUUCAUCUCUAAAGUGGCUUAUUGACAAACUCGAUUUUCUCCUGCAUUAGAAAUAAUAAGAGGAGAGUUAUUGUAACUUUCUGUAAAGCGGGACUGCGUGACAAAAUGUCAUGUUACUCAACAACUUCUGUUAUCUGGAUGCAAAGAAGAGGUUUAGUCCUGAUGAUUACACUCACACAAUCUGCUGGUUUAGUUUGUGUUUAAUAUUAAACUAACAGAUCAAAUAUAAUCCUAUUUUAAAUCAGCCCAGCUGUCUACACAGGCCACGCUCUACUCAAGUGUAUUUUUUACGUUCAUAGUUUUAUACGUGUACCUACAGUGGUUGUGUUUCAGGCUCUGAACGCUGCCAAAACGCAGAUGACCUACGAUCAUUACUGUACUUGAACGCAUCCUGUGUAGACGGCCUUUGUUGCCUUUUAACUUAAAGGACGUCCACCACGCUAAACCAGCUGAUUAUAAAAAUGCUGUUUAAGCACGUUUUGAGAGGAUCUCCGCUCACACUAAAAGACCUAAACAACAGGGACACUGCUGAAUCUCUUUUUCCUCUAUUUUGGUUGACAAAACUCUGUUUUAAUGAAGCCACGGUUCAUUGGCAUAUUUUAUUAGUUUUAGUUGUCAGAAACUGAAUGAGCAUAAAGUUGAGAUUUGAUGGUGACUCCUAAAUGCUACCCAUUGAGGUGAACAGUAUUUCCUGCGCUGCUGCACUGAGAUGUCCGACAAAAUGAAAAAACUCACCAACUCGCUGGUCAGGCUCAAGCUCAUUUUUUUCGAGUCAGAAAAACUCGAAAUUUGUGUGAACAAAACCCUAAAAUACGAAGAAAAUGUUGACAUUUAGCCGGCUUAGUGUGGACGUACAACCCGGUCGCCAGAAUCAAUGUCAGCAUUGUACGUUGCUGAAACAACGGAUACUUUGAAUGUCGACUUUUCUAAACCAAAAAUCAUAUCGGUGAAAGUCCUGUUUGUUUUAACAUCCACCACCACUACCAACCGCCCUCAGUGGACGUUCUCGCUCGUUAUAAAACUGUCGCUCGUUGUACUACAUCACGAAAUUGAACGUAUCCGUGGUUUUUCAGAAACGUACAAUGCCAGCUUUUUUUUCCGUGGCGACGUUGCUAUAUUUUCUUAAAAUAUCCAUAAACACGCCCACAUUACCAACACCACACCAAAAUGUCCAGUAGCUUUGGGGUGUUAAAAGCUGAUUUCACCCGUAUACCGCCUUCAAACUAGAGGCCUUUAGUUUUUAACUGUCAGACGCGUCACCAGGGGAGGAAGUCACGCCGCUCUUUCAACAGAAAGGUUCCAGUCAUCACGCCAGAGAGUUGCCCACUGCCAAUUCCCUGACUCAGCCAUUCGGUCAGUAUCCAAUACCACUGUUUCAUCAACACAGUCUGUCAGAGGUCCAUACACAACAUGUCUCACUCCUCAGCGUGUGUCUAUUAUGCCUGACUUUACGCACACAGGGGGCCAAGUCACAGUUUUUGUUUGUAUGUACUUGCAUUGCAAUAUAUGUCAAUACCCCAUCAGAUAUAUAGAAUGUACUCACAUCUAAAUAUCAGACUGUAGUUGUUACAUAUAGGCAACGGUAGUCUGACACAUCUUUAAAGGUAUUCAUUACUUGGCAUAAUACUGUACACUAAACCUAGUGCCAGAAAGGACGGCAAUGGAGUGUUUUAAAAAAAACAUCCUGCAACAGGUCACUCCUCGGGAGUUUUGGACACGGAUUCCCAUCAGAGUGCAGCGGUUUGAGACAGAAAUUCGGAGCUGUUGAGCUGGAAGACCGUCAGCAUCCCUCAGAAAAGAUUGUCGAUAGUUCUGCCACUCUGCCCUUACGCUUCACGUUCGGUAUUUCUCGUGAACAAACAGCCUUGUUAGCAUGAAUCCAGAGAGGAGAGUGGAAACUAGGUGGUCUCACCUCAUUAAUGGCACUAUUUAUUCCUCCUUUGAUAUAUCUGUAUACAUAUGAAUAUAUACAUGUAUACUGUAUAUACAUAUUUAAGUGUUGACAUAUAUGAAUGUAUGAGCAAUGUGUCUAUAACGUGUAGGUAUCGUCAGUACGUCUCAAGUCCUUAUAUAUCAUGUUAUAUUUGUAUAUGACAUCGUGGAAUAGCUCCUCCAUUCUUUCUGUUCCACGGUCGAUUCAUACAUUCAUAUUCAAAUAUAAUGUACAUGUAAAAUGUUGUGAUGUUUCUUAUCACAAUUGUGCAAACCUUGCUUUAUGACAGCAGGGUUCUUCCCAGCUGGGAUACUGAGGCAUGCGAUCAUCGUGUUUACUAGUGGUUUUUUGUACAGUUUUUGAGUUUUCAUGGUAACUUAAUUCAUAACAGACAGCAAGAUGCAGGUGGCAGCAUAAGAUGGAUACGGUGGAUUGUCCUGCGUAUGGCCGCACACGUCGCCAUGUCCGAGGACACGCUCGUCCCGUCGCCCGUUCAUUUGGUGCUGCAAAACUUUUACUUUCUUCCUCGACGGACGUUUUUCUGUGAGGAUCAAUAUCUGGGUUUCUUUGCAUGAGAAUUGAUUCUCCAGCUACACUUUUACAUUUCAAUGCCAUGUUUUGAGCUGCAAAACAUCACAAAUAUUCACCUUUAGCUGCAGGCUGAGGUCUCUCCACUAGGGGGAGCUGUUCAGUUUAAGACCGGUCUGUGGUGUUCAGCCAGUCUUCAUUUUGCUUUUAGAAUUCACAAAAAUAAAGACUUAAACUGAGCCUGCCCACCAGUUUUGGUCGGGACACUUGGCUCGGGGAAAUCAAGAUGUUUAUUAUCACUAUUUUCAGAGGUUUCGUAGACCUAACAGGUAAUCAAUUAGUCAAGAAAAUAGACGACAGAUCAGUCGAUAAUUCCAAUAAUUGCUUCUCUUGUCUAGACUAUAAUUCCAGUUUUGAAUAUCUCGGAAGAAACGAAUGUGUAUACGACCAUGGUGAAGAUUCAGAGGGCCAGUGAGAAAAAGUACUGCUGACUGAAAUAUAAACAAAUACAUCUCAUAAAAUCCAAUCUUAAAACAUGCAUUGAAAUGUCAAAUGUUGCUGUGACCUCUGAUUCAUUAUUGGCCCGGAGGAAAAGUCAGAGAAGUGACUAUUAUCAGCUGAGUGAGAACACGAGUGCAGUUGUGAUGUCUCUCAUGGGGGGGGGGGGGGGGUCACAGGUUUGCUCCUGUCAUUCGGUCAUCUCAUGCACUUGAAAAUGUUUCAGUCCCGCGGAGCAACACGCUUGAUUUCACUCAUCUUGCAAGCGCUUUGUGUCCGGCAAGAUGAAUCAGGUGCAGCCGCUGGAACUCGAGACCAUUUUCAAGUCUAGUUUAGCGCAUGUGUCUCACCGAAUUGUCCCACCGCCUCGUCAUGAACCCCAAACCACACAACAGUGACGUUAUUACAUAACAAAAGGCAGAGAGAACCGCGUACCUCUGUUAACUCAAACGAACACAUUGAACACCGAGAUUGUCUUGUGCCAAGUGACCUACUGUGUUGUACAAAAAGCCAUUUCCAUGUUUAUGAUUGGCUUUUUUUGGGGGGGGUUUCACUCAUACAAAUAUUCACAUCUGCUCUACAAUACUGCCCUCCUUCUGAAUUCACAAAACAGAGCAACAACAAUAGCUCUACACAGUUCAGUAUUUAGUUGAAAUUUGAGAAUUAUUGGGGUGAAAUUGGUCCAGGAUGAGGGUAUGUACUUUAUAGCA